UUUUAUACUUUUUUUUUUAAUAACCAAGAGUAGAAAUGAUGGGUGUGUUUAGCAGUAAUAGUGGGUGUAGAUAUUCGCUUACUUCGUUUUGCUGUAAAUUUGGCAUGCCUGACGAUGUUUACUCCACAUAAAAAUAUGUUGUGAAGAGCGAUUAUAUAAUGCUUGAUUGAGAGGAACAUCGUCUGUUCUAAUCGGCCCAGAAAUGGUACAGGUGCGGCCCACCAUCGUGUAAACCGAGCCAUUUGUAGGUUGGCUCCCUUAUCUACGUGUUUUUGGUUCUGAAAAGUGAGACUCGUGGUUUUAUAAUCCAAGCCAUAAAACUCUCCUCAAUGAGACAAUCCUAACCAUUCGAUUUGUGGUCCACAAAUUCAUAGUUAAGAAGAGAAAUGCAACAAUGGUCCACAUUCAGCUGAUCAAAAGUUCCAAGAUUGGUUGCUGGGAUAUACCGAUCUGGGAAGUAGUUCACUAGCAGUGAGAGGCAAUAUACCAAUUGUCUGGAUUGCUGAACUGUGGGUCCCAGUUUUCAGAACUGAAAAUCUGUGUAUAUUGAGCAAACACAUAGGCUGUGUAUCAUAUGAUUCCUCAGCCCAGGAUACUGAAAUUAGCUCCAAACUGUAGAUGGGUCUCAUAAGCCAAAGAUCACACUGAACGUAUGAUCUGAAAUAUCCAGUCAGCAGCCAUCAAGUAUACAGUUAAAAUGUAAAAUGGUCAGGGGUCCAGUUCAACAGUAUGUCCAUGUGUCCAUGUUGAGGCAUGUCCUAUCUAUAGUUGGGUGCGAUUUGGACUGAAUUACAGCAUGCAUGUAUAUGCUAAGUGUGUCAAUAGCUAUGUGCAUGCUUAUGGAUGGUCAUGCUCUGCCGGAGUAUGAACUAAUUCAUAACAUUCCCAUACCUGGAUAAUAUUCUCAUGCUUGAAAAUGCAAAUGCAAGAAAUGAUGCAUAUGCAUGUGAUCUUAGUGUAUCGCCUAGAAUUUGUUCGAUGAUAGUACCUCCAUAUUAUUUUUUGUGCACACCCAAUAAUUUUUAUGACAUCCAACCCACUUUGGUACAGUAUAUGCUAUAUAGUAUAGUUCUGUUAUAGCGUUUUGCAGCUGCAUUCCAAUGCUUUGCUGAAGAUUAUGGUUUUUUGCAGACUGGGUCUAAAAAGUUGUGUUCAAUUACUAAUGUGUGAUAAAAAAGGAUAAAUAGGAAAAGUUAGAAAAGGCAUACGAAUGAUGCUAGAAACAAUUUGUAGAUCAUACUUCGCCUUUUCAAUGUUGAGGAUUAUCUUUUACAUUUUGUGAUCUAUUAGGGUGUGUUUGGAUUGAUGGUAAACUAGGGAAGGCAAGGGAAAGUACAAGUGUGACAUAGGCGGAUGGUAAAGUGAGAUUGGUGUUGGGGGAAGGAAAACCUUUGCACCUGUUCAUUUUACUACAUAAACUGUCUGCUUUGAAUUUCAAUUUUCAAAGGGAAACCUUUUUUUCCUUCCAAUUUUGCACUAAAAGCAUCACAUCAUAGAGAAACCUCUUUUCCCACCAAUUGAUAUUUUGAAAAAAAAAGUUUUAUUCCCUUGCUUAGCAAAGGAAAUUGAUUUCUUUCUCCUUUUAUGUUUAUCAAAGAGAGAAAAAUGUCAAAUGAAAGCCUUUCCAAAGAAAAAAAGAAAAAGAGAAAAAAGAAAAAAAAGGAAAUGUCAAAUUGAAGGAAAAUUAUUUGCUUUUGGUAGUAUAUCCUCAACCCAAACACUCCCUUAGCAUGAUCUAUUUGCACUGUCUAUUCACUUUUAUUGUACUUCUCAUGAAUUGUGAUAUCUUCAAUUUGGAUUGGCAAUUGCAGCUGUGUAUGCAAGCUUGGAAUUCAAAGAGGGGGAGUUGGUUUUUAGGGACCAAAUGCUUGUUGGUGCUCAACACAGUUCGAAUAAGGUUGACUGCCUUGUAUGUAGCUACUGUUUUUGUUAUAUUGGUUCGAUAGAACUUCAGAUUGGUAGGAAACUCUAUUUGCAAUCUCUGGGAUUACCAGCAAAUACAGAACAUGAUCAUGAGACAUCUUCACGUUCUUUAGAAGAGGCUUGUUUAGUUGAAUUAUCGGAUGAAGAAGAUAAUACUCCCACGGUGAACCAUGACAGUCUUCAGUCAUGUUCUUCAAGUAAUAUGAAGAACAACAAUCUUGUACCAAAAGAGGUCUUGGAGGCGCUAGUAAAUGGUAGCUUGGCUUUGCCACACUCGAAGCAAUUUACAUUGCCUUCGGUCAUUCCAUGUCCUGGAGGGUGUGAAGAAGAACAUUACUGCAGCAAAGUGUGUGCGGAGGCUGAUUGGGAAAUGUUUCAUUACUUACUAUGUACUGGAGAGAGCUCAGGAUCCUUACGUCGGGAAGCACUUGUUAAAUUUAUAGAACAUGCUAACAGAACGAAUGAUAUUUUCCUCCUUGCUGCCAAGGUUAUCUCAUUCAUGAUUUUGAGGUACAAGAAGUUGAAAUCACGUCAUCAAGACCAAAAACAGCCUACUACGGUAAAUGGAGUGGAUGAUUCCAGAUUUCGUCUGCUUUUGGAGGCUUGGAAACCAAUCUCAAUGGGAUUCAAGAGAAGGUGGUGGGACUGCAUUGCUUUGCCAGAUGAUGUUGAUUGUCAUGAUGAAACAUCAUUUAGACAGCAAAUAAAGAAACUUGCAUUCAUGGUACGCUCUCCAGCAACUGGUGUCAUGCAUGGACCGUCAUUUUUGGAUAGAUUUCCAGUAUUGCAUUCCUCCUAACUGUAUUGAUUCUCCAGGACCUUUAAGUUGAAAAUUGCACUAGUAUCUUUCUCAUAAUCACUUGGAGAGCCCAUUAGUCUCAAUGGAAAACUGUGUACACAAUAUACAGAAAUAAAUAUUUUAUAAUCUGAUCUUUUUAGUUCUUCGCAUGAUUGAGCAUCAGUUGGUUCAGUUUAUUGUUAUUAUUUUUAGAAUUAUUUUAUUUAUUUAUGAU